GUUGUUCUCAUAUUUGAUGGGAGAGCCAUCGCAAGGCCUGUUUUCAGGCGUUUUCAGUUUGAUUUCACGCGAAGUAGGUUCCUUUGUCACAAAUGCCACUGGCGGUGUAAUUUCUGUCAACACUGGCCAUAAUCACCAACAACAACGGCAGAGACACAAGAAACGCGCCAAGAAGGAAGAGAAGCGUAAAUCUAUUCAGAAUGUUUCCUUGUCGUCGAAAGUCACGAUGCCCGGCUCUCUAUUUCCGCGAUCACCAUCAAUGGCCCCGACACUAAAUGGCGACUUCCGCGAUGCCGAGGAAGAUUAUCCAGGGCCUUCGAAACGCGCGAGACCUCUCCACCAAGAUCCUUAUGCAACGCGAUACAGUUCUCCAGCAUCAACUUGUUUUUAUGAUGCUGCUUCUUCACUUCCGUCCUCCAGUCCCAGAGGUAAAGGAAAGCAGAGGGCGGUGGAAGUUUUGGAGGAGGAACGGUUUAGUGAUGUCGACGAGGACGCUCUAGCAAUGCCUCCUCCUCCAGUACCCCCCUCAAGGAAAGGAAAGGAGAGAGCGAGAGAUGAGGCGGCCAUAAAUGACUGGAUGCGUGGAAAAGAACGAGAGCUGAGAGAAGAGCAAGAUAGGUUGGAGAGAGACAGAGAUAAAGUAACUGACGAGGAACGAGAACGGGACAAGGAUCGUAUCAAGAUGCUCGAAGAGGAGGUUAGGAAACUACGAGAAGAGUUAUCGAAGCGUCCUACUUCACUUUUGUAUACUAUGCCUCCGACCACCUCAAAUCCUUCACAUCAACCGCCCCCGCCCCCGCCUCCACCGCCUCCACCUAUGGGAGUUUUCAUCCGUGCUCCUACCACACCUACCACCCAUCCACAGGUACUUUUUGCGAGUGCUCGUGCCUCCCUCAAACACGCUGGUACACCUACAGAAGCUCCCAUCAACCCAGCUUAUUCCUUGGGCGUGUCUGGAGGAAGAAGGACAGGAAAACCGACCGUUGGGUUACAACCAGACAAGAUGGCCGACUUCCUUAAGGAAAUGAAGACCGUUAGACUGCGGAAAGUCGGUAUUCCUGGUAAGGAAGAUCGUUCGACGUCUUCUUCCUUAAGAGAUGGAGACGGAGAGCGGGGCGAAUUCUCCUUCUCCCUAUCCUCUUCAACAGCACGUCGUGAUUCUGGCGCCAGUGACAAUGCUGAUAAUUCUAGUUGGCAGAGAGAUACAAACCAUAUACUUCACGGCAUUAGUAGGUCGAAGGGGAAGAUAACAGAGCUGUCUAGCGACGGCUCUACGGGGAAAAAGAGAAAAAGAGGUGAAGAUUCAGAAUUUACACAUCGCUCGACCAGCAUCCAUCCAGAACCCUCAUCCCGGUCUCAUAAUUCGAGUUUUGCGUCGACGGCAUCAGUCUCAACGAAUUCUUGCUCUUCUCGAACACCCUCUAUCGAAUCUCAGAGCCAGCAAGUGAUACAAUCAAGUUCCAAUCCUACGGCGAAUGAAACCGCUUUAUCGCUCUCUCUUCCUCGUCAAGGUGCACUCUCAACCUCCUCACCACCGUUAUUGCCACCACGAUCCAAAUCUCCUUCCACUUCUGUCAGACGCACAUCGUCGUUAUCCGCCCAAUCCGAGCGUGAACCAAAUUCCUCCACAUACCAAAUCUACACUCUUCCCUCUGGGACAAGCGGUCCAAGUAGGGCAUGGGCACCAUCUGCUGUCUUCCCUGCGCCAUAUCCUCCUCCUCCUCCUAACGAGACGCCUUCUCUAUGUUCAGACUUGCCAGAGGGUAGUACGAGCAUUGAUGGCGAUGAACUCGACGACGGUGAAGAAGAUGGUUACAACCAUGGUGUACCCGUACCUCAUGUUGUGGUGUCGGAUUCUCCUGAAACAUUGGGUACUGGCAAUGGCAUUGGCAGACGGCGCCGAGAAAUACACGAUAUUGAUGUCGACAUGGAAGAGGUAGUGAAUGAGAACAUGAGAUAUGGAGGUCGUAGGAAUGAAAAACGACUUCGACUUUCUCUCCAGCACCCUUCCACAUCGGGCGAGUCUUCAACUUCACCCUCGUCUCCUACUCAUUUACGGUCUCUGCCAUCACACGCACCCCUUCGAUUUUCAACCCCCGCCGCAAGCCAGACCCAGACCCAAUCGACAAAGUCCAAGAACUCGUCCACCUCAGUGUCGGCUGCCUUUGCAAAACGUCUCCCUGUUUCUCCGAUGCCCGUGACGCCAUCCUCCCAACGACCUAGACCUCCCGCGAGUGGGCGAGGGCGACCUCAAGCCAGGGGACAAUAUGCAAGUGACCUUGUAGUAGCUGUUCCCUUACACGAUGGACACGGAUCCGAUCAUGGUUCUGGGGCUCCUCGUGCACAAUCAGAGUCCAAGUCGCGCUCCAGACCCCCAACACCUCAUGUUAAGCGAACGGCCUCGGUUCGUGGCGAUAGUGAAGGGGAACGAGGAAAGAGUAGCAGUCGCGAGACAGAUGCUGACUACAUCAAGCAGGAAGAUGAUGAUACAUCCGAAGAUCCGCUCUCGUUAGCUGGCGAUACUUCAGCCGAAUCUCUGUCUCUUUCACAUUCACAGUCUCAGUCCGAGUCUCACUCACGAUUGGAUUUAUCUCGCGAUUCCAUACGGUCUUUACCCUCGAGGAUACCGGUCGCCAAGAAGAACGGUAAAGGAGGAUCAGGCAAGAAACUUCUUGCGUCCACAUCUGCGAGUGUAGUCAUAACUUCCAAGACUCAGUCGGUGUCUAGAGGAAAUUACUCUUCUUCUACAUCCACCUCCGCUACCAAAGACCCUUCAGAUAGUUUGAGGAGGCGUACUCUGGACCAGGAGUUGAGGGAUGUUGUUGAUGCUAGGCGAUCGGACGAAGUCGACUACUAUUAUGAAGACAGUGGCCCUCAGCCUCCCUCAGCCAAGGAAGUUCGGCAGAGCACAUUGGCUGCCGUUGGGUCGAGCAAGCGGAAGGGAUUCUUGGCUCAUGGGGGAGCCGGUGGAGCCCCCAUUCAUAUGGGUGAUGGAUAUGUUUAUGUUGAAGGCGCUGCCGAGAGAGGACAGGAAGAAGAAGAGGAUGAUGGGCAGCGUCAACAGGAAUAUGAAGACAACGAUCAAGAGGAGGACAAUCUAGAGUACUUCCCAUCUUUGCGCACCAAGGCGGCGAGCGGAAAUGUAAGGACAAGAGGUCGCCGUUGAAUUGUCUAUCUGUGACCCUCAUUUAAUAUCGCUAUCGUUUUUUUCUUGUCUGCCUUGUCCUUAUUUCUAUCUAUUUUCCUCAAUCUGUUUCGCCCGUGUUGUCAUCUUGUUGUCCUCGCUCUAGUAAUAUCUAAAUUAUCUCUUGAAUGUAGUUAGUACGUGAUCUUGAGGUGCACAAUUGUCGAAAUAGGAGUUUUUGAACUCUGCAAAA